GACGGGCGCUGUGGGGGGCGAGGUUCCCGGAUGCUCGGUGGCUGGCCCGGCGGAGGAAGAUGUGGAUUGAUCCACGGAAUAAAACAAUAGCGCUUAAAUAGCAAAAUCAUAGCCCGGCUCGUCUGCCUGAGGCGUGCUCACCGCUCCCACCCGGUCGCUGUAAAUCGCCGUGUGAACAAGAGUUGGUUCUAUUUUUCUUUUUGUUUUUAUAUUCCCCCCCCCGGCCGUGCAGGAUGAGCGCCGUGCCUGAGGAAGCUAAGGCAGAAGAUGGCGAGGCGCAGCCUGAGACACGUUUUUACUGCGAAGUUUGUAAAAUUUACUGUACGUGUGCUAUAAGUCUUCAGUCUCACUAUCGUGGUGCAAAGCAUAGGAAGCGAGAGAAAGCCCUGAGACGCAGGACUCUCUAUAGUUCUUCAGCUCUAAUCCAAAUUCCGCUGAAGUAUCGAGUGUUCAAACGAGUGAAGAAACCAUUCAGAGGGAACAUAACCAGUCUGAAGGAUUUUAUGAAUGAUCCUAAAAGAGAAGAACCUCUGAUUGGUUUAGAACAUGUGGUUGAAAUCAGAUUUGAAGGAAGAAGAGAGCCACGUUACGAGUGCAGGCUGUGUGGCUAUAAUACAGAGGUGGCACCUAUGAUAGAACAUCUUAGUGGGUAUAAACACAGAAGAGAAUACAUUUGUAAAGAGUUUCCAGAUAAAAUGAGGAGAAGACCAACAGAUAUAAAAAAAUGCAAAAUCUCGUUUCUCAGACAGAUAGCAGAAGAGCUAGAGAAGAGUGAAGGAUUAAAAAUGUAUCAGAUUGAAGGCUAUGCAAGACCUGCUACCUCAUCCCCAUUGAAGGAGAAGGCAAGAUUGGAAGACGAUUAUAAGCAUGAGAACGAUCCUGUUCGGAAACAGAAAGCUCUGGAGUUCUUGGAAACUUUUCACAUCACCUCAGACUCAGAAGCAACACUUGUUGUUCACAUUACACAGGAACUCGUGGAGGCUUUGAAGGCCUUCUGUGAAAAGAAAGCAGCAGAUAAUUACACCGACAGUUUAGGCCCACUGGUGUCAGUGCCUCAAGAUGAAUUUCCAGAAAGCAAAAGCGUCCCAGAACACUAUGGGCCAGAUGGAGAGUACAAAGGAAGUUCUGACUGGAAUCAAGGUGUUUUGUCUCAGUAUGAAGAGUAUUCUGAAGAUGCUUCCUUUGCUCCUGCUCAUUCACACAGUUACCAGGCAGAUGGUGGAUCAUCCUCCUGUCAUCUGAGAUCUAAUGACUUUGCAAUGAUGCCUCCACUCAGGGACUCUACUGCUGUUGACCCUUACAAUCCUGUCAGUGGUAUCAGUGAAGGGCUGAGACAGCUCAGAAACUCCGUGUUCUGCAGGAAUUCGGCUGCUGGGGCCUCUUCAUACCAGACCAGCCUAGUGCAGGAGUACUCAGCAGAAUAUAUAUCCAGUGAUGUGCAAGGAAGUGAGCUCCUUGAUAACAGACUCUCAUUUGGUUGGGAAAAUACAAAAUGGAAGAAUCAACAAGAGUGUACACAAGCAAGGCAUAUAAUUGACCAAGAAUUACCCUAUCCCAAUUCUUCUGCCUCAUAUCCUUCAUCUGGAAGAUACUCUACAAACUAUGCUUCACAAAACUAUUCCUCUUACACCAACGAGUCUGCGAAUACUGGUACAUCUGCAAAUUCUGCUGUUUCAGGAAGAGGUGGCUUCAGGUGGCACCAGGACACUAGGUGGAAUGAGUGGAACGAGAACUCUAGGUGGAACAAGAACUCUAGCUGGAAGCAGGAAUCUAGGUGUCGAGGAUUCAGGUAUCAGAUAUCAGGCUACCAGAGAGACUGGAGUUCACAUCAGGACUCAUUUUCUGGCAGUGCUUUAUACCAAGAUCACCAGCAGUUCAGAAGCUCAGAAGAGGUGUUUGAUGGAGUUGAUGUUGGUCUUGCUCCCAAUGCUGUGAACAGACUACUAGGAAAGGAUGUACCUACAAUGACCAGUAUGCUCAAACAGUUGGCUCCCUAUUAUCCAGGACUUCAAAAAAUAAAUACUCAGACAUUCGUCAAUGUGCUAAUAGAAACUAGAGAGAAAAAUUAAGGAGCAACAACAGCUGAACUGGACAGAGAUGAAGAGAUUUGAGAAUCUCUAUCACUUGGCUUUCAGGAAAGAGACUGCAUUUAACUCUGUUGGACUGGCUUGGGAAAGGUAAAGAGAGGUAAGGGUUUAAGUUUUCAAUGUGAAAUAUAGCUGGAACAUGAACUUGCACAUAAUGGGUGAACAUACUAUUUUGUUUACGCUUUUUGUAAUGUAUUUGUUAUAUCUUAGUAUAUUACAGAAAAGAAAUCUUUGGUUAUUUUUUGAAAAUAUGUUAAAAUUACUCUGUCAGCAAAAAGCUAAUAAUCCUUUUAAUACCCUUCUCAAUUCAGAAGAGAAAGGAAGGUUUACUUUUAUGUUACCUACUUAGGAGGAAUAUUCAUUGAAAAUACAGGUUUACUUUUCUUCAAAAAAGGCCAGUUUCAUUAAUUUGAGGCUUUAUAAUUAGCAUAUAUUCAGAAAUUGAUACACUACAUUUCUUUAUAUACAGAGAAAGGAGAAUGUCACAGCAAAGGUAUUCUGUCUUAAUGUGAUGCUAUAUGGGGAAAAUGUAAUCUGUACUAGAGGACUGGUAUGUAAUGGGGCACAUUAGUUUUGUUUUUUUGCAGAGGAAGAAAUUGUGUGAAAUGUAUGCAGGUUUUUAAAUCAUGUUAUUCAAAAUGAAAUAAUUAUAAAUUGUCUUUAAAAACUCAUUUGGUGAAUGGACCCAUGCUAAAAUAAAAAUUCUUGAUUCUUUCUACUGGCAAAAGCAUAUUAAGAAAUAGUAGAACCCAUGAGGCAAUCAGAAAAAAUAACCGGAAAAAAAUAAAUAAACAAAAUGUUGUACCAACUGAGUAAUACUUACCAGUUCAUAAUGUGUAUCAGAGCCACAUGCUCAUGAAUGCUUGGCUUUAGAUAUCUGCUUUAUGUAAUUAAAACAAGCUUACAUGGAGCUGAAGAAAAGAAGUAAAGUGAGACAGUUUA